UCGUGGCGGUGGAAUUUGGCCUGGAUUGACGUCGGAACACACGGGAUUCUCGAUCGGGAUGAAAUUUUGUGACGAUGAAAAUUAAUCAAUGAGACAGCUCGCUCUCAUUCGCCAUCGUCGUCGUCGUCGGCCAUUCGGGUCUCAAUUGAAGCAGCGCACAGUUUAAAUUGUUCCACCCCGGGAUAAAAAGAAGCGAUUCACCAUCAGCCAUAAUUCUUCCUUUUUUUUCUUGCAAUUUGAAACAAAACAAAAAGUGCACCAUCAAACACAACGAAUUUAGAGCGAUUAGGCAUUUACUGAAUGCUCAAAAAAACACAAAACACACUCACACAAAAAAUGAAACAGAAAAACAUUCGUGUUACAUGUAAUCGAUUCUCUACACAGGAAAAGCACCGACAUCAGCAAAUGAGUCAGUCAGAAGAAGCAAGUGAAACCGCUAGCAUUUAUUCAUUAAAUUGCUAAACGUUUUCCGCGAAAAAACGGAACACCAGAACCAGAAUCUACCGACCCGCGAGUUGAGAAGGUAGACGGAGUUUACGCCGGAAUCGGGAUCAGAGGUUGUCCAGAUUUUUUUAAACAGCAAAAUGGACGCCUACUAUCGAUACGAUCCGACGGCGCCGCGGGGCAUGGGACCACCUGGGAACGCCGGUGGGCCUUACGCUCGGCACAGGGCACCCCACCCGAUGCAGCAGCAGCAGCCACAGUCACAAUAUCCCACGUACCAGCCGGCCACGACCGACAACAUGUACUCGAUGCCGGAUCACAGCUCCGGUAUGGCCGGCAUGGGAGAUGCACUGUGGGGUGCCCAACCGCCUCCACCACCUCAGGCGAAUCCGUACGGUGCCCCGAUGGGUUACGGUCAUCCCCAAGGGCCGCAGCCAACGCAACGGCAGACACCGGCCAGCUAUCGGCAACACAUGACCGGCUAUCCCCAGCAGGACUCAUCAAAGCUUCAGUACCCCACACAGCAAGCGAUGAUGGGCGGCAUGAUGCCCCAGCAAGGCUACGGAUCGUUGAGUCAGCCUCAACAGCCGACUCAGCAACAGCAACAACAACCGCAACAGCCCCAACAACAGCAGCAACAGCAACGCGUUUCACAGCACUACCCUCAGGCGGGCCACUCGAUGUACCCGGGAGCGCCCGUGGUCCAGCCUCAAACGGCGACGGCCCAGGCCGGAUACGCGUCGUACGCACCCACAAUGCACCAGCAGGCGAACCGAUCGUCGCAGCACGUGUACAACCAGCACCAGCUCGAUCAGACCGGGUACGGCCAGCACAUGGUCGGUGGCAACCAGGUUCCCACGAGUCUACACCAGAUGAGUACGGCACAGCAACAACAGCAGCAACCUCCUGGCCAUCCACCUCAGCAGUCCCACCUGCCGAUCCCAGGCCAAUCGCCACAAACACAACAACAGCAAAUGCACGCCAGCCAGAUGCAACCGGUUCAGCAACAGCAACAACAACAGCAGCAGCAACCACAACAACAACCUACCCAUGGAAGUCAACCGACGCAUCCGCAGGCACAUCCUCAGCAACAUCCCGGUCUGGCCGGACUGAGUCAACAGCAGAGCCAACAACAAAGUGGCCUGCUCGCGAGUCAACACCCCGGCAUGCCCCACUCCCAGCAACCGAACAGUGCCGCCUUGAUGCUGGGAGCUGGCAUGGCACAAUCUCAAACCAGCCAACAGCCAGGCAGUCAUCACAGUACUAGCUCGCUUGUCGGUGGACAUCAAAUGUCGCACAGUUACGGUACGGGUGCCCCACAGCAGCAGUCGUACCUACCGAACGUCGCCAGCAAGCAGCAAACCCAACAACAGCACGGAAGCAGUCCCCAGUACCGGGCGCCUUUCCCGCAGCUGUCCCCUCAAAUGUCGCCGCGCCCGCCCCAGAUGUCUCCGCACACGCAAAUGUCCCCCCGGCCGGUCAUGUCCCCUGCGAAGCCACCGGUCGCGUCGCAAGCCCCACAAACGACGCUCUCGACCACCUCGAUGUCCUCGCAUCCGCACCUGACCGGCUCCGGCGGCGGUAAUAUCCAGAGCCCGCGACCACAGCAGCAAACCAUGCCGGUCACCAAACUGUCGACGGCAGCGUCCGGACCUUCCGGACCCGUCAACACGCUGCAAGCGCUCGAACAAAUGGUGAUGCCACCGUCGGCUGCCGCAGCAGGAAUGGAAUACUCCCAGGCCGCAGCCUACCGAGGGCCACCUCACCAGCAGCAAAUGCAAAACAAUCCCCUGUCCCCGUUAGGGCCCCGGUUGCCGAUGUCCCCACAGCAUCAUCAACAGUGGCCCCCGAUGGUACAGCGACCCGGCAGCGGUGGAAUCAACGGGAACGCUCACCACGCAAUGCAACAGCAGCAGCAGCAACAACAACCUCCCCAACAACAGCAACACGGGAACCAGCAUCUGCCACCGAUGCACUCCCACGCGCCGCACCUGCACGUAUCACAAGCUUCCCAUCCGCCGCCCCCGCACGCUCAACAGAUCUCACAGUUGAACGACAUCUCCAGCCUGAUACCGCCAUCGCAAACGAUGCCUGUGAUACCACCCACUCAACAGCAACAACAACAAGGUCCACCAUCCGGGCUGCAGUACAGCAAUCUAGACGAUAAGAGCAUGGUCGAAGCGGUCCAGCAAACUCCCCAACAACAGCAGCACAGUCUUCAUCAACCCCAUCUAUCACAAAGCCAGCAGCAGCAGCAGCAACCAACAACUCAACAACUUCCCUCGAUGCACACGCCACACCAACUCGUACCGCAACCUGUGCAGCCGCAACAACAGAGCCAGCAACCAAUGUUGACGCAGCUGCAACCACCAACGCAUCUCCAGCAAAUGCAAUCCCAACACCAGAGUCAGCAUCUGCCAUCGAUGCAAUCCCUGCAGCAACAGCAGCAGCAACAACAACAACAACAACCAUCACAAAUUGCGUCUGUUCCUUCGGCGCACUCGAUAGCCCAGCAGCUGCAGUCGCCGUCAUUUAAUGACGAAAUGUUGAUGUCGCCAAGCGGCCAAUCCCAGCACCAACAACAGCAGCAGCAGCAGCAGCAACAACACCAUCCUAGUGCCACUUCCGUUCCCUCACCAAUCGCACCACCGUCGGUCGUAGCCCAACAGCAACAACAACAACAGUCGCAAAUUCCAAUCUCACAAGCAGCACCACAGCUGAACGAUCUGCAGUCGAUGCAAACGGUGACGCCACCGGCGCCCAUUCCCCAACAGCAAAAACAACAAUCUCAAGCGAUGUCAUCGGCGUUGGAACUGCCUCCGAUUUCGACACUCACGGCGGAACCAGUUGUAGUGCCGAGUGCGGAAAGUUUGGCGCCCCAAACGAGUGCCGAGCAGCAGCCGUCGACCGAUCUUAGUCUGAUUGAUAGUCUCGCGUCGAGCAAUGCGAACGAAGCGCCCUCGAGUUUGGGUGCGGCCGGUUCGAUUCCGGAAUCGGCGGUAAGUGAAAGUGAUAGCAUGCAGCAGCGACACUCGGCUUCGGAGCAGAACAGUAGCAAUGAGGAGUCGCGGGACAGUAUUGUGCCGGCGCCGGCCGAAUCCAACACGGACGAGAGUAAAUCGAGUAGCUCGUUGAUGUCCGGGACGGACUUUGAAGCGUUGAACCAGGCGGCAAACAACGGCGGAACGGCUGGCUCGUUGCUGAGUACCGAUGUUGGUGGAUUGGACGAAACGAUUCGGGAAGGGCAGACGCUCGGGUUGGACAGUGUGGCAGCGGAUGCCAACGACAAGCGGGAUGAUAUUUACCACUCGGACAACUCGAACCAGGCGCCGUCGAUUGCGGACGCAAAGAAGACUGAAAGUGAAUCGGUAACGGCGGUCCCCGACCCGGUGACUUCGGUGGCAUUGACUGAGGUGCAGGCUCCCGAGGUGACAACGGCCACAACUACGACGGCCAGUCCCGAGCAGAUCCACUCGAUCCCAACGUCUACCACGACGCCCACGUUAUCUACUCCGACGUUGCCAUCGUACCCAGCGGAGCAGAUGCCAGGAGAACCGAUCAUUUCCACAAGUACACCAGCCACGACGAUUCCGACCAACACGACGCAAAUGCCACCACAACAACAUCCGCAGAUGCACCCUCAAAUGCAUCCCCAGUACGGACCAAUGGGAACACCCGGCAUGGGACCGGCCCCAGGUCAACCGCCCAUGUACGGAAUGCACAUGCCUCCGGGUGGACCAAUGAUGCACGGAAUGAUGGGACCGGACAUGAUGUCUCCGUAUCCACCGGCGUAUCAAACGCACGCCCAGGAGCGGGCUGCCAUCCAGCAACAACUCCAAGAUAUUUACAAACUGCCAAUGGCCGACAAUCAGGAGAAGAUUAUGCGCAUGCAGGAACGCAUCUCGAUGCUCCAGCAACACGAAACCACGGACGGAUGUCUGGGUGGUCCGCAGUGCAUGAUGCAGGCCCACUCGAUGUACUCGUCGGCGAUGAUCGACAGUCCACAGGUGACGAGCACCACCGGUCGACGAGGUCGUACGCCAUCCAACAAACCACGCAAGCCCCGACUGAAGAAGGCCGAGAAGCUUGCCCAGGAAGCAGCUGCUGCAGCAGCGGCCGCCUCCGUCAAUCCUCAGAUUACAUCGGGCGAUGAAACGUCUCAAACUCCGACGGCCAUCACGGCACUUCCCGUUUCGGAAGACGCGGUUACCGCCGGCACGGGCUUGGCCGAAGUCACGUCCGAAAGUUUCAACGAAGAGCAUAACGAGACGGAGUCCCAGGAUAAUCUGUCGAUUGGCGAUCUGGACACCUCAACCGAUGCCAGCGGAAAGAAACUCAAGAAGCCACGCAAGCCUCGGGAACCUAAGAAGCCCAAAGAGGCCAAGGAACCCAAGGAGCCGAAAGAGAAGAAAGAACCCAAGAAAAAGGAACCGAAAGACGGAGACAAAAACAAAAACAAGAAACGCGGUCGAAAGAGUCAACCCUCCGAGGGUGACAACUCGAUGGACAACAACAGCCUGGACCACGACCAUGACCAUGAUCAGGACUUGUCAAAGGCAACUAGCGAAGCGGACGAAAAUCAAACGCUUGCCUCGUUGAUGCACUCGCAAAACUCGACCGACGCAACGUCGGGUCCGGAAAAGGACUCCAAGCCGGAAGCUUCCGGUUCGUUGGACGAUACCGAAGUGACCGACUUUGACGACAUUCCAGUGUCGAAGAUUCCCAUCAAGAGUCUGCUGGAGGAGAGCGAAAAGAAAGAGCACGAGAACGAGGACAGCGCCGGGGAUGGUGCGGACACCGAGGGAGAAACACCCAAGAAGAAAAAGUCCAGCAAGAAGAAGGAUCCUGGAAGUGGCGAGGGAGGCAAGAAGAAAAGUUCGAGCUCUUCGCGCAAUCGCAACCGCUCAUCGGGUGGAGGCGGUGGCUCCAAGAGUAGUAGUUCGCGUAGCAAACGCACCCGCAUGACCAUCGAGUCCGACGGCGAGGGAGAAGAUAUGGCCAGCACUCCUCCGCCGUCCCCACCACCGGAUCCUGAAAUUGAUAGCUCCAAGCGAAGAUCGGCGCGUAACACGCAACGCAAAAAGUACGUCGACGAUGUUAUGCUGCGCUUCUCGGACGACGAGUCGGCAAUCCUAUCGCCGGCGCCGAGCAGCUCACGGCGGGAGCGCAAAGCCGACCAGGAGAAGAAGGAAGCCGUCGAAAGUAGUGCCGGCGAGGUUGGUGGUGAAGUUGGGGCCGAUGGUGCCGUGGCAAGUACCAGCGGAACCAGUGGUGGCGUCGAGGGCGAGGAAAAGGUUAGCACUUCGGAGGUCAAGACUGAGUUGCCCGCCGGCAGUGGUGACCAGAAGACCGACGAAGUUAACAAACCCAACUACGUGUACGUCAACACUGGCGAUGAGGAUUCAAUGGUGGUCCACUACGUGCUCGCGGUCCGCAUGGGCAAGCGUGAGCUGAAGCCGGACCCUCCGCCACCACCGCCAAAGGAGAAAACUCCCGAGCCGGCGGAGGUCAAGCCCGAACCUGCCGAAGGCAGCGAGGAAAGGGAACCGUCGGAAGACGCCACCGGCGCCGAUUCUGAGGAAGCAGCAGCAAAGACGAAGCAGGAAGGCGCUGAGGUGAAAACGGAACCGGAAGGAGCGGAUUCCAAGACUGUUGGCGCUGAUGAGGAGUCGGAGGGCAAGAAGGACGACGAAAAGGAAGUGAAAAAGGAAAAGGACGCUGUUAAAGCGGAAGAUUCCGAGGUUAAGAUGGAAACUGACGAAGCGGAAGCUGCUCCGGCAGCGACAGUUGACAAGGUGGAUGAGAAACCUGACGAGGAAAAACAAAAGGAUGACAAAGAAAAGGAAAGUGACAAGGCGCAGAGUAAGGAACCUGUGUCGGAGAAGAUGGACACUGACGAAGCGGAGGAAAAGAAGGAAGUGGACGCUGAAAAGGCUUCGGAAGGCGAAAAGCCGAAAGAAGAGGCCGUGAAGGUUGAAGCGGAAGUUAAGAAGGAGGACAGCGCUGAGGAAGCAACUGAGGCGGAAAAAAAGACGGAAGAUGUAAAAAUGGAAACUGAUGCAGUGAAGGAAGAAAAGGACAAAAAGGUGGAGGAAAAGCCGGAGGAGAAGAAGGAACCGCCGGUUUACAUCGACGUUGAGGAGUACUACGUCAAGUAUCGUAACUUUUCCUACCUGCACUGCGAGUGGCGCACGGAGGACGAGCUGUUCAAGGGAGACAAGCGCGUGGGUAACAAAAUCAAGCGCUUCCUGCAGAAACAGCAACAGCAGCUCAACAUCUUUGAAAGUUUGGACGAGGAGCCGUUCAACCCGGACUUUGUUGAGGUGGACCGAGUGCUGGACGUGUCGGAACAUACCGAUGACGACGGCAAGACGGUGAAGCACUACCUGGUCAAGUGGAAGAGUUUGCCGUACGAGGACAGUACGUGGGAGCUGGAGGAUGAUGUGGAUCUUCCGAAGAUUGAGCAGUAUUACAGGUUCAACAAGAUUCCACCGAGGAGCGAGUGGAAGACGAAGAAGCGACCUCACCCGGACCAGUGGAAGGCACUGCCACAAUCACCGAUCUACAAGGCCGGCAACAGUCUGCGUCCGUAUCAGCUGGAAGGUCUCAACUGGUUGCGCUACUCGUGGUACAAGGGCAACAACUGCAUCCUGGCCGACGAAAUGGGUCUUGGUAAGACGAUCCAGAGUUUGACCUUUGUCCACUCGGUGUACGAGUACGGAAUCCGGGGACCGUUUUUGGUUAUCGCACCGCUGUCGACGAUUCCGAAUUGGCAGCGUGAGUUCGAAGGCUGGACGGACAUGAACGUGAUUGUGUAUCACGGUUCUGCCAACAGCAGGCAGAUGAUUCAGGACUACGAGGUGUACUACCGGUACGAGAACGGCAAGUACAUCAAAGACAUUAACAAAUUCAACGUGCUCAUUACGACGUUUGAGAUGAUCGUGACGGACUAUCAGGACUUGAAGCCGUACAAUUGGCGCGCUUGCGUUAUCGACGAGGCCCAUCGGCUGAAGAACCGAAACUGCAAACUAUUGGAGGGCUUGCGUCAGCUGAACCUCGAGCAUCGAGUGCUGCUGUCCGGUACGCCGCUGCAGAACAACGUGAACGAGCUGUUCUCGCUGUUGAACUUCCUCGAGCCGAGUCAGUUCUCGUGCAACGAAGAAUUCUUGCGUGAGUUUGGCAGCCUGAAGACCGAAAGUGAAGUGCUGAAAUUGCAAGCCCUGCUGAAGCCUAUGAUGUUGCGUCGUCUCAAGGAUGACGUCGAGAAGUCGCUCGCCCCGAAGGAGGAAACCAUCGUUGAGGUCGAGUUGACCAACAUCCAGAAGAAGUACUAUCGCGGUAUUUUGGAACAGAACUUUUCGUUCUUGAUGAAGGGCACCACUUCGGCGAACAUCCCGAACCUGAUGAACACCAUGAUGGAGUUGCGAAAGUGUUGCAUCCAUCCGUACCUGUUGAACGGAGCGGAGGAUCAGAUUCAGUACGAUUACCGCAUGCAGCACGGUGAAGACGCUGAGGCUUACUACAAGAACUUGGUCGUUUCUUCGGGUAAAAUGGUGCUGAUUGACAAGCUGCUGCCGAAGCUGAAGGCCAACGGGCAUCGUGUGCUGAUUUUCAGCCAGAUGGUGCGCUGUUUGGACAUCCUGGAGGACUACCUCAUCUACCGAAAGUAUCCGUUUGAGCGUAUCGACGGACGAAUUCGCGGCAACUUGCGCCAGGCAGCUAUCGAUCGGUACUCCAAGCCCGACUCGGACCGGUUCGUGUUUCUGCUGUGCACAAAGGCCGGCGGGUUGGGUAUCAACUUGACCGCCGCGGACACCGUAAUUAUCUACGACAGCGAUUGGAACCCGCAGAACGAUCUGCAAGCGCAGGCCCGUUGCCAUCGUAUCGGUCAGCAGAAGAUGGUCAAGAUUUACCGUCUGCUGUGCCGUAACACGUACGAGCGGGAAAUGUUUGACAAGGCUUCGAUGAAGCUGGGUCUGGAUAAGGCCAUCCUGCAGAGUAUGAACACAUCCCAGAACAAGGACGGUAGCCAGAAGCAGCUGUCCAAAAAAGAGAUUGAAGAUCUGCUCAAGAAGGGCGCGUACGGUGCGGUCAUGGACGACGACGCCGGAGACAAGUUCUGCGAGGAGGACAUCGACUCGAUUCUGCUGCGCCGAACGCAGGUCAUCACGAUGGAGAGCGAAAAGGGCUCGACCUUCUCGAAGGCAUCGUUCGCGGCGGCCGCCAACCGGAGCGAUAUCAACAUUGACGAUCCCGACUUUUGGAACAAGUGGGCGAAGCGGGCCGAAAUCGACCCGGCCGCCUGCGAAAAGGACGAAACGGAAGAUCUGGUCAUUGCGGAGCCGCGCAAGCGCACCCAGAUCAAGCGGUACGGCCACGACGACGGCGUCAUGGACAUGUCGGAGGACUCGUCGGGCGAGCACGGCAGCGGAGACGAGGACGGUAGCGGGUUGAGGACGCGCAGCAAGCGCAAUCGCAGCGCCAAGGACAAGCACAGGAAGGUGGUCAACGAGAAGGACGAUUACAUCCCGCGGGACCGUGACACGCUGGCGGCGCUCGGAUUCGAGGACGUUUCGUACGGAAACUGGGCCCGAUCCGAGUGCUUCAAGGUGGAGAAGGGACUGCUGUCGCAUGGAUGGGCUCGCUGGACCGAAAUUCUUGAACUGGGACAGUUCAAGCGAGGCUGGCGCGAACAGGACGUCGAAGACUGCGCGCGUGUCAUUCUCCUGUACUGUCUGGAUCGCUACCAGGGCGACGAAAAGAUUAAGAACUUCAUCUGGGACUUGAUUGCCCCAUCGGAGGGUGGCGAGCAGCGCGAGAUCGCGCGCAACCACAGCGGCCUCCACAACCUGGUGCCGCGUGGUCGUAACGCCAAGGGUCGCAAAUCUACCAACCCCUCGUCGGCGUCCGCUACGCCCCGGCACGACGGCAGUGUGGCCGAGGUGAUCGAGGACGCGUCGUCCAACUCGUCCGGCACGCACAAGGAACCGACGGCGUCCACGUCGCAGCUGCAGACCCCGUCGAAGCCCAAGUCCGGCUCGGACAGCGGCGGCACGACGACGCCGGUUGGCGAUCCGCGCCACUGGAGCAAGGACGAAAAGUACGACGCCGAUGCGCUGCUGGACAUCAACUACAAAAAGCAUCUCACCCGGCACGCCAACAAAGUGUUGCUGCGCGUCCGGAUGCUGUACUACAUCAGGCACGAGGUCCUCGGGGACCUGGUGACGCAGAUUAACGAGGGUGCCAACGCGAGCGAUCUCCCCAUUCGGCCGCCGCCCACGCCCGACCAGCUGCCCUGCUCGUGGUGGAAUCCCAACUGCUGCGAUCGCAGCCUGUUGGUCGGCACGUACCGGCUCGGCUGCGAGAACUACCGCGAGAUGCGGGCCGACCCGAAGCUCUGCUUCCAGAGCCACUGCGGCCCCGGCGACGGCACCGUCGAGGAGGCGUCCAUCGUGGUCAAAGAAGCCGACGACGAUGCCAACUCCAAGCAGGGAGACAACGAGGACGACCCGGAGGACGGACCGUCCGAGGCGCGCUCCUCGUCGGCCGGUGUCGAGUCGAAAGACGAUGAUGAAGAAUCCACAGCUGGGACCGCCACCAGUGCCGCCCCGACGCCGGCCCCGUCCGACGGGGGCCCGAACCCGGAGCUGAUCUGGCCCUCGAUGCAGGACCUCAACACGCGGCUGCGGCGCGUCAUCACCAGCUACCAGCGCAACUACAAGAAGGAAGAGCUGAAGCAGCAGCAGAAGGCCAAGCUCCAGGCGAUCGUUCCGCCGGUGUCGUCCCUGACCGGACAGUCGUCGUCUACGCCGUCGACUCCGUCCACCACGCCCGGCCCGAUCAUGGGCGGCAAUCUGACGCCGCAGCACCAGCAACAGCAGCAACAGCAGCAGCAGCAGUCCCAACAGGCGGCGGGCUCGUCCGGCGGUGGAGCAGGUUCCUACGCUGGCACUAGCGGUCUGAGCAAGAGCCAACAGCAGCAAGUAUCGGCCGGGGGCGGAGGUCUGUCCCUGUCGGGGGUGGCGCCAACCGGUGGAAUGCCCACCGCGGCCGACUUCAGCCUCAUGCUGAGUCUGGGGCUGGGCCUCAACCCGGCCGAUGCUUCGCAGCUGGCCAAUCUCGACCUGCAAAAGUUGGCCAUGUACUUGAAAAUGGAACGUCGCGAAAAGACGGAACAGGUGAUGCGCGAGCGCGAACGUGUCCGGCUGGAGCAGAUCCCGAAAAAGUGGACCCGCCGCGAGGAGAACGAGUUCAUUCGCGUUCUCACCGGGUACGGUAUCGAUCUGCUGCCGAACACGUCGCAGCCGACUCCGGACUGGUCCAGGUUCAAGGCGUUCGCCAAGCUGGACAAAAAGUCGGACGAAAAUCUGAGCGACUUCUACAAGGUGUUCAUCGCGAUGUGCAAGCGCCAGGCCGGCGUCAAGCUGAGCGAGGACGAAAAGGGCCUGGACGGGCUGGUGGACGACGUGACCGAGGACCACGCCAAGCUGAUCCUGGACCGGCUGGAGCUGCUGUCGAAGGCGCGCGAAAUCAUCAAACACCCCAAGCUGGAGGAGAACAUUCGGCUGUGCGAGAACAACCUGGACACGCCCGACUGGUGGAUCUCGGGCAAGCACGACCGGGAGUUGCUGCGGGCGGUGCUCAAGUACGGUAUCUACCGGUCCGAGCAGCUCAUCCUGGCCGAUCCGGAGUUCCCGUUCUACGAGGCGGCCAAGAAGUACCUGCAGAAUCUAGAGAUGCAAAUCCAGCUGCAGAACCAGCAGCUCAUGAAGAUGCAGGCGGCCAAGGCAGAAGCGGCGGAGAAGGCCGAAGCAGCGGCCAAGGCGGAAAAGGAGUCGGCCGAGAAGGCGGCUGCGAGCGCUGCCAGCAAGGAUGAUGCUGUGGUCGAAGAGGAGAAACCUGCCAAGGAGGUUGAGAAAGAGCCGGUUGAGAAGCCGGAAGCAGCUGACGCUGCGGAGAAGGUUGGGGAAGAGGACAAGAAAGAGGACGAAGUCGCUGUAAAGAGCGAUGAGCCGGAGAAGGAAAAGGUCGAGGAAGUUAAAGAACCAGAGGACAAAAAGGAGGAAGAGAAGGAAGCCGACAAGGAGACCACCAAGGAGGAAACCUCCGAAGAGAAGAAGGACUCCGAAGACGACGCUGCGGAAAAGCCUGCCGAAUCGGCUGAAAAGCCGGAGGCGAUGGAGGUUGAUGAGAAGGUGCCUUCCGAGGAAAAUGUCGAAAAGAAGGAUGAGGCCAAAUCUGACGCAGAAGAGGUUAAGGAAAAGCCAACCGAGAAGGAUUCGUCCUCAGAGGAGACUCCAAUGGAGACGACGGCCGAGGUUGCUGAGAAGCCUGCUGAAAAGUCAACAGACACCGAGGAAGGAUCGCCAUCCAAAAAGUCAGAGCCAGAGGUGCCUGAGAAAAAGCCGGAACCCGAGCGCGAGUCGUCACCGGACGUGAUCAUUCUGGACGAACCGAAAGCUACGGCGAGCGAGGCUAAGCCGAAGCUUCUCACCGACGAGGAGAUGUGCUCGAAGCAGGCAGCCGAGCUGAAGGCUCGCUUCCCCGACCUGGAGGUGUUCCAGCCUCUGAUGAAGCUGAAGCAGCUGGACAACAGUGUGUCCAAGGAGGACAUUAAACAAAUGACCAAAUUCGCCAGCAUGAUCGACACCUCGAUGAUCGUCAAGUGGUUCCGGGACUUUGCGCUGGAGCGACGCGUUGGCCACGUCAUCUACUGCGUCGAGCACGGCGAGUGGCCCGUCGGCAAAUCCUACUCGGCGUACACCGGCUGUCUCGGCAUCGAUCUGGACAUUCCGCUGCACGAGACGAUCAAGCGCAUUAUCCCGGUGGACGGCGCGGGCAGCGAUUCGCGCCGGUCCGCGUCGAGCACGCCGGACGUGAUCACCAUUACGACCGAUCACGCCGGCGCGAAGCAAAUUAGCCAAGCGGCUUUGUCCGCGCAGACCGCGGCGGCAGCGGCCGCGGCCCUGUCCGCCGUCGGUCUCGGGGGAAGUGGGUCGGGGUCUGGUAGCUUGCAAGGCCUCAGUCAGAGCCAGAUGGCAGCUGCGGCUUCCGCGGCCGCCGCUGCCGCCGCCGGUGUUUCGCUCUCGUCAAGUAAGAAACGCAAGAGACACAUUGCUAUUGAUGUUGAAACAGAAAGGGCCAAAUUGCAUGCUUUGUUGAAUAAUACUCAGAGUCCAGUGCCCAACCAAAAGCAGUCCCAGCUGCAGUCGAGCCUCUCGUGGAACGACGACGACAUUGUGGAUGCUCGCCGAAGCGGCGGUGGAGGUUCGUCAUCGUCCGGCAGUGGGCUGCAGCCGCCGCCUGCGCACCAGCACGGUUCCGCGCGCAACCAGAUGUCGUCGUACGCGGCGUCCAAGCCGCAACUCAUUCCGGGCACGUCGAGCACGCUGACGCCGAUAGAUUUGUCCUCUGGUUACGGCCUGCCCAAGGUCAACAUGGCGGACAUGCUCAAGAGUCCGAUGGACCUGAGCGAGGUGCAGGACUUUUCGAUCGGCAAAAAACAACGCGGCGAUGGCAGCCGAAGCGGUCUGAGCAACACCAGCAUCAGCCUUUCGAGUGCGCACGGGGGUAGUUCCUCGAUGCCGUCCCCGUCGGCGGCAGUGGCUGCGGCCGCCGCUGCUGGCAAGGGCAAACUCAACGACAUGCUGUCCAAGCUGAUGAAGAAGAACAACGUGAGCGUACCGAUCGAGGAGCCACCGCUGGGCAAGGAGAAAAAGCGCCGAAAGUUGGACGAAAUUGUGCUGGGGCUUUCCGCGGCCAAGGAGCAAAAGACCAUCUUUGGAGAUCCGACGCCGCCCGGUGGAAGCUUCUCCGGCAGCUCGAUGAAGAAACCGCAGAUUCCACCGUCGGUUUCCGUUACGCCGGCGUCGGCGCCGACUUCGGCAAGUCAGCAGCCGCCACAAAAACCGUUCACAAUUACGGUCACGAGCGUUCCGGGUACUUCGAAGGGUGGCCAGGGAUCGUCUAGCUCCUCAAACUCAAACAGUGGACUGGCUGCUCUGCAGAACAUGUCCGGUGGUAUGGGAGCACUCUCGACCAAGGACAGUUUGAACGCGCUCUUUGCCCAAGCAGCUCAGGCCGAACAACAAGCUUUCCUGAAGCAGCAACAGAAACUGAUCCAAUCGCUGCCGGCAAAUUCACCGCAACGCAAGGCUUACGAAGUCAUGUUUGCCGAGAUGAAACAAGCGGCAGAUUUGAGCUCCAAACUGGGCCAGUACGGAUCGGCGGCUCACGACGCCAAGGUCAACAAGUGGCUGGCCGAGCAGACCGCUGCUCUGACGGAACACGCCAUGGGAAUGGACUAUCUGUCGCGGUCCUCUCGACGAUCUUCAUCGUCCGCUUCCCAAUCGCAAGCAACAACACCAACUUCAUCACGAUCUACGAGAAACACCAACGCGAGCAUCCAACAACAACAUCAUCACGCUCAGCAGCAACAACAACAACAACAGCAACAACAGCACCAGCAGCAGCAACAGCAGCAACAACAGCAACAAAGUGAUGCCGGCAAUCCGAUGGCGUUCAACUGGAAGAACCUAACCGGAGAAGAGUACGUCUCGGUCAUCAACAAAAUCAACGGCAAACGACUAACUGGAAACAAGGCGCCACAGCUGAAACGCCUCACCCAGUGGCUCGAAGACAAUCCGGCGUACGAAAUCGACCCCAAGUGGGCGGAAUCAAUAACCCUACCACCAACCGGACCCAUUUCUCACCCGAAGCAGUCUUCGUCCGACUCGGCCAGUCCAUCGGCGAAGCAAAUGCGAUCGUCCUCGUCCGCGUCCUCAAUGGCACAGGCACAGGCGGCUGCCUCCAGCAAUCAGUACGGUUCAAGCAGUGGCAAUCAACAGUCGUCCUCGUCGUCGUCAACGCCGUCGAAGAAGCACGGAAGCAGCGCUAGUAGUAGCAGUAAUGCGGCCGCCGCGGCAAACAUGCAGUUUGCUGGGCUGGCCGGUCUGAAUGCGAACCUGUUGUCGAGUAUUCCUGGGUUGGGCAACUUUGACCCCAAGUCGAAUCCAUUCGGCAAUCUGAUGCCGUUUGGAGGAAUGCCUGGCCUCGCUGGGUUGGCCGGACUGGGCAACUUGAACAACAUGAAUCUCUUUGCCAGUUUGGCUGGGCUGCCGGGUUUGUCCGGCAUGGACGCACAAAGUUUGGCCACGAUGAUGGCUGCAGCCGGACUGGAUCCGGCAACGGCCCUUGCCGCGGCAACCGGUGGAACACCGACGAAGAGUGGUGGAAGUAGCAGAAGCAAGUCUAACAAAUCCUCGAAUGACCAGAGCAGUUCGUCGUCGCAGCAGAGCUCAAGCAAAGCGGCCGCAGCGGCUGCGGCAGCUGCUGCCAAUAGCCAGUUCCCGUUCUUCUUCCCCAAUCCGAGUUUGCUGUACACGCCCCUCGGACUGGGAGGGCUAAACCCGUACGGAAUGCCACUCGGAACUAGCGGAGUCACGACGAGUACAUCAUCCUCAACGACGACCUCGCGCCAAUCUCAGUCAAAGCAAAGUAGCAGCUCUCGUGGAAUGAGCGGUGGAGGCUCUCAACAGUCGGCAUCGUCCCCAAGUAGCAAAUCCAGCCGUAGUUCCAGUCUGACCAGCCAACAAGCGGCCGCGGCGCAACAAGCCGCACUGGAAGCUGCCCAGUUGCAGCAGUUGCUUUUGCCGCACGAUAAGCAUCUGUUGGAUUCGCUUACGCGAUCGGCCGGACUUGACAUUACGCAAAGUUCUCGAGGAGGCGGUAGCAGUUCGAGUGCUUCGGAUAAGCGAGCCCGUGAAAGUGCGGCUGCUCAACAGGCCAACAAGCAAGCUCUGGAGAAGUUGGAACGUGAGCGGAGGAAAAUCUUGGAAACGCUCUCCCAGGGAGCCUUCCCGUCGGAUUUGGCAGCGAUGCAAGCUUUUGCCACGGGCAAAAUGCCUGGUUCAUCAUCGUCAUCUUCCGGUCACGGAUCGUCGUCAAAGAGUAGCAGUAGCAGUAGUGCGGCGGCGGCAGCAGCUGCAGCUGCAGCGGCAAUGAGUGCUAAAGAUCUACAAUUGCCACUACCACCAGAGUUUUCACAAGCGCUGUUUGCGGAGAUGGCGGCCCAGGCAUUGUCCGCGAGUGGCGUGUCUGGCUCCGGAUCGUCAUCAAAAUCGUCGUCGUCGAAAUCUCGCGACCAAGGACUCAAGGAAGCGUUCGAACAGCUGAGCAAGAACCCGAUCGAGCUGUUGGCUCGUAGCCUGGGCGUUGGACCGGCGAUUUCGCUGAUCCCAACGUCAUCUUCAUCCACAUCAACGUCAACAUCGGACAGCAAGCGAUCGUCGUCUUCGUCCUCGCGGCAGCACGACCUUCAGCAACAACAGGCCGCCCAACUGCAGCAUCAUUUGUCCAAAUUGGACCCGAAGACGAUCAUGAUGGGUGCCGCGGCUUCGCAGGAAGAAAUGAAGAGUCCAAGGACCAGGUCCUCAACCGAUUCGAUUCCUAGCUUAGAUAAGGUCACCCUGACUCCGGUGGCUGCAGCCAGCAUAGCUGCUUCGUUGCCCUCGCAGACCACAAUCUCGCUAGCGUCGCCCGUCGGAAUGCCAUCCGGCGGUGGAGGUGGAGGAGCGGGUUCGUUGAAUCUGAGUGCCAAGAGUCCUGCAGCGUUGUCGACCUCGUCGGCGAGUAGUGAGCGAGAGCAUCGCGAUCGGGAACGAGAGCGUAGUGAGCGGACGGAACGACACGAACGAGCCGAGCGAAGUGAGCGAAGUCUACGGUCCACUGAUAUGGCUGCAGAUUUGAGUCGGGGUUCGUCGUCCAGUUCGGGAGCUGGUGCCACUGUCACGGCGGUGCCGAUUCCUGCGACGCCACAAAACCUGUCUGCGACGACGUCUUCGGCAAGUUCGGCAGGGCCGGCCGCUUCGGUGACCGUUGUGGACGCGGCACACAACGCAGAAAUGGACCUGGAAGAUUUGAUAGCACCUUCGAAGUUGUCAAAGUCUGGAAAUGUACUGAACGACGAAGACGAUCCGCAGAAGCAGAUCAUGAUUCUGAAGCAAAAGCAGAAACUGCUUCAGCAAGAACAAAUGAAGAAACUCCAGGAAGCUCAGGAUGCGCAAAGGCACAUUGAACAGCAACGGAUAGCGGAGCAGAAAAAGCUCGCUGAAGAACAACAACUGCAGCAACAGCAGCAACAACAACUGGAACAUGAACAGGAGCAAGCGCACGCUCGUGAGCUGCGACACAAGCGUCGCAGGGAACGGGAAGAAUCUGAGCGUGAGUUGAAACGACAAGAGCUGGAACGAGCGGCAGCUCUGAGUGAGGACGUUGCAGCUCAGCAUCUUCAGCUGGAUCACCAUCCUGCGGAGGAGGCACCAAGGCUGGAAGAGUCCGCACCCGCCCAUGAAAUGGACACCCGCGAUCAACAGGAAUUGCCAUCGGACCUGCGCCAACAAGACGAGCUGGAUCGACACGAGCGUCGAUCGUCGUCCCGAAGGCGAAGCCUACACUCGUCCGAACCACCAUCCCAACCCGACGAAAUCGGCAGCGGUGGAAACAAGUCGGACCUGGAGAAAACUCCGGAAAUGCAUCACCCACCGUCGCGCAAGUCGACCCGCUCCAGCACGGACGCGGCCAACUCGUCCGGCGGAGAGUCGAGCAGUGCUCAACCAACGACCCCCUCGGGGCCCGGUGGCCGAAGGGCGACCCGCUCCAAGCGACGACGCAGCGGAGAUGAAUCCGAGGCGGCGCUGGGCGUUCCGGAGCGAAAGCGUGAGUUGCGAUCGAGCGCGGGACGACAAGCGGCGGCCGCAGCAGCACGAAUGGCCGCAGAAGCAAAGGCAGCCCGGGCAGCUGCGGCAGCGGCCGCCGCAGCCCAGUCCGCCGAGGGAGGUUCGCUCAACCUGAGUAAGGAUCAGCCGCAGGACCACUCCGACAAGGAGGACCAGCAACCUAUAUGACUAAAAAUGAGUAAAUGACGCUUAUAAUUUUAGGUUGAGAAGUUUUUUGAUUCUGUGUAAAAGUUGAUAUUAGGCGAAGAAAGUUUUUGUUUUUGUUUUGUCGUGUAGAAAGUGACACAGUGAGAAAAAAACACGAACAUUUGUAAUUUAUUAAUAUUAGUAUCGAUAGAGAGAGCGAGAGGGCAGAACAGCAGAGUGAGUGCGCGAUGUAAAAUCUAUAGGUUUAGGGUUUAGAAAUGUCGGACGGGACGGCAUUGCUGUAGCUGCUGAAGCCGUGUCCGACGGGAUAGAGAUUACGGAAAGGUGUCUGCGCGGAAGAGCUGCUUAAGAGCGUGAUCUUAAAUAUUACGCUGUGCAAUAUUUUGUGGGGGAUUGCGCUCUCGACCGGGCUCUUUUGCCACACGCUGGCUGUUGUUGUGGGCUAUUCGCGUUGGUCCGUGCUUCAGCAGCUGCCAGUGCCGACGACGAGUCUUAUCAUGCAAACAGAUCUACACUAAAAAGCUGUUAUAUGUGUACUAUAAUUCUUGUCUUAGUAGUGUGUAAGUUUAGAUCGCGCUAAAUCACUGCAGGAAAGAGGUUCCGCUAGCUAUCAACAUCAAGCGUUCUGUGUAGUGUGUACUAUUAUCAAAAUUAGUAGCAACUGCAAGUUGAGAGAACUGACAAGUGAUUCACUCGCGCCCUUUGCAAAUAAAAACAAGUAGCAAACCCUAUAAAUAUACUUUUAGAACAAAAAAUAAGUAUAAGGCUUAACUGAUGUAGCAUCUAGAGAAAAGGAAAAGAAAAAAAAACAAAAACAACACUAAGAUAUCUAAUUUAUUCUCAGUUUCGUCGCCACAAAACAAACCUGUACAUAGUAAAUAAAUAAACAAGCUAUUUUAAAUUGUAGACAAAAAACACACACACUCACAUCAAUGUAAAAAUCGACUAAUCUCGAUGGAAGAAACUAAAAAACGUCUUCACUCAAGUUCAUGUGAAGAAAAAUAAAAAUCAUUAAAAUUAUUUUAAAAAAAACAAACCAACAAACAAAAACUCACUAUCACAACUCAUUAUUUCGCAUUUAUUCACUACGGGAAGCGAGAAAACUACAAAAAAUAGCUGUGCUUGUAAAAAAAAAUUGGGGCAAAAAUCGGCUGUUGAGUGCGCGCUGCUGCACGUGCAUAAUUUGGGGGAAUUUCUACCGAAAGCUGGCGAAAAGGGCAACAGGGAGGUCAGAUUCGCGUAGUCCUUUAAUUCUGGUUGCUGCUGCGGAAGGUUUGCGUGAAUUGGCUUUCUCUCCCCAAAGCUUCACAACGUGUAGAAAUCAAAGGAAAGAAAAAACAACCUAGCUUGCAGAGUUUCACGAAACAACACGAAAUAGACUGAAUAUUACAAAAAAAGAGAAAGAGCGGGGAAAUCAACUUUGGUGGGGAAACUGGCGCGCUUCAGCGCGAUCCUAAUUUGAAGUAUUCGUGAAAAGAGGGGAAGCGCUGAUUCGAAGUGUGUAUCGUGUAAAUUUGUUAUUUUUUUUAAAUAAAAUUAGUACUCAUUCUUCAAACUCACAAGGAUAACACAAGAAACUGUGCUGCAAAAGCUGCUCAUCCCCUCUCAGAAUUUCCUCAUCACAAAACA